GCACUAGCUAAUCACAUUCGAUCUCAUUGUUCUCGUGCACAACAAGAACCCAUUAUUUUCUCCCAAGAUCGGAAUGGCAGCUUCAGCCCAUCGCUCCACCAGCACUAGCAUGGCCCUCUCCCUCUUCCUGCUCACAACCAUCGCCUUCUCUUCCGUCACCGCACAGUCGCCGUCAUCGCCAUCGUGCGCGAGCCACACCUUCUCCAGCAGCCAGCUCUACGGGUCGUGCGCCACCCUGCCGCACCUGGGCACCACGCUGCACUACAACUACACAGCCGCCGGCAACACGGUGUCCGUCGCGUUCCGCGCGCCGAGCAAGGGCGGCGGGUGGGUGGCGUGGGGGCUCAACCCGAACGGCACCGGCAUGGUCGGCACGCAGGCCGUGGUGGCGUUCCGGCACUCCAACGGCAGCCUCGUGGCGUACCCGACUGUGCUCGACAGCUACGCGCCGUCCAUGGCGCCCGCGGACGCCGCGGAGCUGGGGUUCCCCGUGUCGGACGUGGCGGCGGAGUACGCGAAGAAGGGCGGGGAGAUGGUGGUGUACGCGACGGUGGCGCUGCCCGGGAAGGGGAGCAAGUUCAACCACGUGUGGCAGCAGGGGAGCUCGGUGGUGAACGACGUGCCGGCGGCGCACCCUACCACCGGGGAUAAUAUCCUCUCUACCGGCGCCAUCGAUUUCAGCAAGUGAUACUCAAAUCCAUAAUUGAAGCAUCUGAGGCCGCAUGAGGAUACACGACAGAAGGUAGCUGAUACACGUACGUGGCUACACUCAUUCGUAUACGCCGGUCGAGCUUGUUCAUCUGUCAUCUUUGUUGUCAGUUCGUCACAUAGUGGCUAGUUACCGUGGGUCGUCGGUCCUUUUAUAUUUCUCUCGUAUGAAUCGCUCACUGCAUGGAGUACGUAUGUGUGUAAUUGCUGCUCGGCCCAGUAUUAUGAAUAUAUACCGUUCUGUAAAAUAUAUUGAAUAUAUACUGUGUGUACUUGGUGG